AUGGCACCUGUGGCAGCCUCCUCAUCUGAGGCUUCGCCCAGCUUGGGCACUCUCAAGCCUCCUUCUGUCGACGUACCCUCUGCGCUCCUGGUCGAAGAAGCUCCCCCGCGACCGCACGAGCCAGCCAACCCCGCCCGACCAGUCCAGGUCAAAGACGCACCCGCCCGCACGUCCUUCGCCUUCGACCCCCUGGAGGACGCCAUAGCGGCCUUUGCCCGGGGCGAGUUCCUAGUAGUGAUGGACGACGAGGGCCGCGAAAACGAGGGCGACCUCAUCGCCGCCGCGAGCGAGGUCUCGACCGAGAAGAUGGCCUGGAUGAUCAGACACACCAGCGGCUACAUCUGCAUCGCGCUCACGCCAGAGCGCCUCGAGGAGCUCGCUAUCCCCAUGAUGGUCGCGGAGAACCAGGACCCGCACCGCACGGCGUACACCGUGACGGUCGACUACAGGCACGGCACGACCACCGGCAUCUCCGCACACGACCGCGCGCUCACCGCCCGUGCGCUCGCGUCGCCCUCCGCACGGCCCGACUCCUUCUCUCGCCCGGGACACAUGGUGCCCCUGCGCGCGCGCCCCGGCGGUGUGCUCGCGCGGCCGGGGCACACCGAGUCCGCGGUGGAUCUGUGCACGCUCGCGGGGCUGCCGCGCGCCGGCGUGCUGUGCGAGCUCGUCGAGGACGACGAGGCGGGCAGCAUGAUGCGGCGCGACGGGUGCCGCCGCUUUGCGGACCGCUGGGGGCUGAAGAUGAUCAGCGUGGAGAUGCUCAGGGAGUGCAGACGACGUGCAGGCGCGGCGGACGGCGGUGUGCAAGGGUCAUAG